AUGACCCGAAAACAGAAGAAACUCAGGACUUCUGACAAUGAUGAUUUGGAAUCAUGGUCAAACCUUAACCCUGAUCUGUUGUUGUUAAUAAUGAUGCACAUGGGAGUUUUUGAUUUCAUAGCUUUCAGUGGUGUCUGCAAGUCAUGGAGGUCGGUUGCAAUCUCAAACUGGAAUAAAUUUAUGGUGUCCAAACAACCCAUGUAUUUAUCCAUCUCUACUCAUUCAUAUAAAAAAGACUGUUAUUUAGAGGACUAUAGGAGAAGAAAGCUGAAGACCAUCAUUCCCCAUUCUGUGGGCAGGAGGUGUGUUGGAAUAACUUGUGGUUACUUGAUUUUUUUCGGGAGGAAAGCCAGAGAUUUCUGGCUUGUGAAUCCCUUCACAAGGAAAGAACUUCAUUUCCCUGGUUUCCCAUUCCCGUCUGAUGUAACUAAUCAUCUAAAACGAGUCAAGUGUAUUCUUGUGUUUUCACCAUCAAUGUUUGGGUGGGUGCUUGUAAUCUCAAGAAAAUAUUCCCGUACAAUAUCUUUCUCUUUAGCUGGUGAACAAGCCAUAUGGAGAUCUAUUUCUUCCAAUUUCUCUAUCCUUGAUUUUCACUUUUUCAAGGGGAAGAUAUAUAUGAUAAGCCAAUUCAAUCAUUUAUGGGAACUAAGACUUCAUGAUCCAGAGCCUGCCUUGGCCCUACGCAUAAUGAAGAAUUACCCGUGGCCAUACCUUUGGGAACUGGAAUUUGUAAGUUCAGGUGAAAACCUCUAUCUGAGGCAUAUGAGAGGAGAUGCGUUUGAUGCUAUUGAAGUUGAUCUUGAUGAAAUGAAAUGGGUGAAUUCGGAAAGGACGACGAUAGGAGAACAUGCAGUUUUUUCAAGUGACUUCAAGUGUGAUGCUGCUAUUAAACCCGAUACGUGGACCCACCCUUGGACACGAUACGAGAAAAUUAAUUUCUUUAAAAGUAAGAGAUCGGGCAAGUGUUUAACUAGCAAGAUGUGGUAUUUCCCUCAUGAUUGCUUGAUUGACAAUGACUCUGGUCAGUUUCCUCCUUCUCUUUAG